AUGGACGAUGGACGGAAAAAAGAAUUGCAUGAUUUGAACACCCGAGCUUGGAAUGGCGAAGAAGUCUUUCCCCUGAAAAGUAAAAAACUGGAUUCCAGUAUAAAGAGAAACACUGGCUUUAUAAAAAAACUAAAGAAGGGUUUUGUGAAAGGUUCAGAAUCUUCAUUAUUGAAAGAUUUAAGUGAGGCGUCCUUGGAAAAGUACCUAUCAGAGAUAAUAGUGACGGUAACAGAAUGUCUGCUAAAUGUUUUGAAUAAAAAUGAUGACGUAAUUGCCGCUGUUGAGAUCAUAAGUGGACUUCAUCAAAGGUUCAAUGGCCGAUUUACUAGUCCGCUUUUAGGAGCUUUUUUACAAGCUUUUGAGAACCCCUCUGUUGACAUUGAAUCCGAAAGAGAUGAGCUUCAAAGGAUAACCAGAGUUAAAGGUAAUCUUCGGGUAUUUACCGAGCUUUAUUUAGUUGGAGUUUUUAGAACAUUGGAUGAUAUUGAGUCGAAAGAUGCUAUUCCAAACUUCCUACAGAAGAAAACUGGGCGAAAGGAUCCGUUGUUAUUCAGUAUUCUCAGAGAGAUUCUUAAUUAUAAGUUCAAAUUGGGCUUUACUACCACUAUUGCGACCGCAUUUAUUAAGAAAUUUGCACCUUUGUUUCGCGACGAUGAUAAUUCUUGGGAUGAUUUAAUAUAUGACUCGAAGUUAAAAGGUGCGUUACAGUCUCUGUUUAAGAAUUUUAUAGACGCCACUUUUGCGAGGGCCACAGAACUGCAUAAGAAGGUCAAUAAACUGCAAAGAGAACAUCAGAAAUGCCAAAUAAGAACGGGAAAAUUGAGAGAUGAGUACGUAGAGGAGUACGACAAGUUACUUCCAAUAUUCAUUAGGUUCAAGACAUCUGCAAUUACUUUGGGAGAAUUUUUUAAGUUAGAAAUUCCGGAGCUUGAAGGUGCCUCUAAUGAUGAUCUGAAAGAAACAGCUUCUCCAAUGAUCACGAAUCAGAUAUUGCCACCCAACCAACGAUUAUGGGAAAAUGAAGAUACAAGGAAAUUUUAUGAAAUCUUACCAGAUAUCUCAAAAACAGUAGAAGAAUCACAAUCUUCUAAAACAGAAAAAGAUUCAAACGUUAACUCAAAAAAUAUCAAUCUAUUCUUUACGGAUUUGGAAAUGGCAGAUUGUAAAGAUAUAAUCGAUGACCUUUCAAAUAGAUAUUGGUCAUCAUAUUUGGACAACAAAGCCACAAGAAAUCGAAUAUUGAAAUUUUUCAUGGAAACACAAGAUUGGAGCAAACUGCCAGUGUAUUCCAGAUUUAUUGCAACAAAUAGCAAAUAUAUGCCGGAAAUUGUUUCUGAGUUUAUUAACUACCUAGACAAUGGCUUCAGGAGUCAAUUACAUUCUAAUAAGAUUAACGUUAAAAACAUCAUCUUCUUCAGUGAAAUGAUUAAAUUUCAAUUAAUACCAUCGUUUAUGAUUUUUCAUAAGAUUAGAACAUUAAUCAUGUAUAUGCAAGUUCCAAAUAACGUAGAAAUUUUGACGGUUUUGUUGGAGCACUCAGGGAAAUUUCUGCUAAAUAAGCCAGAAUAUAAGGAAUUAAUGGAAAAAAUGGUCCAACUAAUCAAGGAUAAAAAAAAUGAUAGGCAAUUGAACAUGAACAUGAAAAGCGCCUUAGAAAACAUAAUUACUUUACUUUAUCCCCCUUCUGUAAAAUCAUUAAAUGUUACGGUAAAAACAAUAACGCCUGAACAACAGUUUUAUCGCAUAUUAAUUAGAAGUGAACUAAGUAGCCUAGACUUCAAACACAUUGUCAAGUUGGUUCGGAAAGCUCACUGGGACGAUGUAGCUAUUCAGAAAGUGCUGUUUUCUCUGUUUUCAAAACCACAUAAGAUUAGCUAUCAAAAUAUUCCCUUAUUAACAAAAGUUCUAGGCGGUCUAUACAGUUACCGCCGCGAUUUCGUCAUCAGAUGUAUAGACCAAGUACUGGAAAACAUUGAGCGAGGCUUAGAAAUUAACGAUUAUGGACAAAACAUGCAUAGAAUAUCAAAUGUCAGAUACUUAACUGAAAUAUUCAACUUUGAAAUGAUAAAAUCCGAUGUUUUGUUAGAUACUAUCUACCACAUUAUUCGGUUUGGUCAUAUCAACAAUCAACCCAAUCCAUUUUAUUUAAACUACUCAGAUCCACCGGAUAAUUAUUUCAGGAUUCAACUAGUCACUACAAUUCUGUUAAAUAUCAACAGGACCCCUGCAGCUUUUACUAAGAAAUGCAAACUUUUGCUGAGGUUUUUCGAGUAUUAUACUUUUAUUAAAGAACAACCUUUACCCAAGGAAACAGAAUUCAGAGUUUCAAGCACAUUUAAAAAAUAUGAGAAUAUUUUCGGAAACACUAAAUUUGAAAGGUCAGAAAAUUUGGUAGAAAGUGCCUCAAGGUUGGAAAGUUUACUGAAAUCAUUAAACGCAAUAAAAAGUAAAGACGACAGAGUGAAGGGAUCUUCUGCAAGCAUUCACAACGGUAAGGAGAGUGCUGUUCCUAUCGAGUCAAUCACCGAAGAUGAUGAGGAUGAAGAUGAUGAAAACGACGAUGGUGUCGAUUUACUAGGAGAAGAUGAAGACGCGGAGAUAAGUACACCGAACACAGAGUCAGCGCCAGGAAAACAUCAGGCAAAGCAAGACGAAAGUGAAGAUGAAGACGAUGAGGACGAUGACGAGGAUGAUGACGAUGACGAUGACGAUGAUGAUGAUGAUGGAGAAGAAGGCGAUGAGGAUGAUGAUGAAGAUGAUGAUGAUGAGGAUGAUGAUGAUGAAGAAGAAGAAGACAGCGACUCUGAUUUGGAGUAUGGUGGUGAUCUUGACGCAGACAGAGAUAUUGAAAUGAAACGAAUGUAUGAAGAGUACGAGAGAAAACUAAAGGAUGAGGAAGAAAGGAAAGCGGAAGAAGAAUUGGAAAGGCAAUUUCAGAAAAUGAUGCAAGAAUCCAUAGACGCAAGGAAAAGCGAAAAGGUUGUUGCCAGUAAAAUUCCAGUAAUUUCGAAGCCAGUCAGCGUUCAAAAACCUUUAUUAUUAAAAAAGAGUGAAGAACCUUCUUCAAGCAAGGAGACCUACGAAGAGUUAUCCAAGCCAAAGAAGAUUGCAUUUACGUUCUUGACUAAAAGCGGUAAGAAGACACAAUCAAGAAUUUUACAAUUACCAACGGAUGUGAAAUUUGUCUCUGAUGUCCUUGAAGAAGAAGAGAAACUAAAAACCGAGCGAAACAAGAUUAAAAAGAUUGUUUUAAAACGUUCUUUCGACUGA